AUGGCCCAUUAUAAUGAGCUUUCUUAUUGCUCAGCGGUUCUGUCCUAUGGUGACCUGGAACUAAACCCACCCAAGGUUGUGGUGAGAUUUGGGGAUCCUGUGUCAGUGAACUGCAGCACCUCCACUGAACAUUAUGGCAUAGGCUGGGAGGCCACUGUGGGAAUUGAAGACAUGAGGGAGGAUGUUAAUGUGAUCACCUGGACAGUUCCAGAGCUGACUGACUGGGUCAUAGAGCCAAUAUGCUACAUCAACACUGAUGAUGGACAGCAGACCAAAACUCCUUCAGUCAUUGUCUAUAAGACUCCAGACAGUGUGUCCAUCAGUUAUGUAAAUCACACAGGCCCAGUGAUGGAGAAGACACAGUAUGAGCUCCAGUGUGACAUUAAGAACAUCGCUCCUCUUCAGUAUCUCACUGUGAGGUGGUACAAAGGACAGACUCUAGUGGACAGUCAAACAUUUACUGAUGACUCCAGGACUCCAGUGAAUGUUUCUGCUACACUCCUGAUCACUCCCAGUAGAGCUGAUGAUGGAGCUCAGUACUGGUGUGAGGCAGAGCUGGACCUGGGAGCAGAAGGACCUCAACCUCCUCCUACAGCACAGGCAAAGGCUCUAAAUGUUGAAGUGUGUUGUAAGUUUUUGUUUUUUUAA